AGACUACAGCUGCCUCAGGAUUCUUUUAACGCGCUUGCUUUUCAAUUCGAGGAACUUUGUAUAAUACGGAAAUAUUACCAACGACUGAUUUAUUCUGAAAGUAUACAUGCAAGCAUUUUGUUCUAAUUCAACUGUCGAAGAGAGCAUCCAUGUUCUUGGAGAUGCCAGCUGCCUUCAUGGAUAACUUUGACCAGGGAAGUCCUUUCUCGCAAAGUGAUUCUCAGAGUCCUCAAGAUUGGAGCACACAGUCAGAUGGCCAUGGGCACCAUCGCAAAGAGAAAAACAGAGAUGCAGCACGCAAGAGUCGAAGAAAACAGACAGAAAAGGCAGAUGUACUGCACGAGGAACUCCAAGAUCUAGAGCAGUCUAAUGCCGCAUUCCGAAAAGAAAUCGCUGAGCUGAAGAAGGAGCUUCAAAUCUACACCACUGCUUUGGAGCAACAUGAACCUCGCUGCACUAAACUCUGUCCAUAUGGACCAUCAGUUAGUGUUCCAGUAGGUCCACCCACAGCUGCACCCUCUACCUCAGAUUUCAACUUCGUCCCUGAACCCAACCUCUUUUCGGACCUUUCAUUUUUACCAGACACUAAUUUAGUGGACUUGCCUCUAACAGGGCUCCUCGACAGUAGCGAUUGGUCUCCUUGGGACACAUUGAAUGGGAAUGGGUGCCUACAGCAGUUUUGAGGUGCAGUACAGUCUAGUUAUGUUCUUAUUUAAUGACAAGCCAUACACACUACUACAUACUGCAAACAGCUCUUUUUAUUGUGUUCAAAUGCAAGCGGUGCUAAAAGCCAUGAUAAGGUGUGAAUAUGUUGUAACUUCUAAUUUAUUUAAGCAAGACUUACAGAUGGCAAGAUUUAUUUUUACAUGUAGCUAUAUUUUAAAUAUGAAA